UAUUAAAAGAAAUAUAUAAUUCCUUUUUCUGUAUUCGCGCGAGAUUUUAGUUUGUUCUCUUUUUUUUGGCGGCGGAACUUUUUUUUUUAAAACGGUAGAUGGUAAAAAGGCUAGAAAACGCUAUGGACGAUCUAAACAAUUCGGACUACUUGAAAGCCGCUUACGAAAACUACCUGAACCAAGCCAUCAUGAAUCAAGGCGACAAUAAGGGGCAGCAUAUCAGGGAUUUGGUUUUGAGCGAUCGAAUCGCCGCCAACACUCCGGAAGAACCGUUAAACGAUUUUAACGCCAACGGUCAAGACACCGGGUUCUCGACCGGUUCAGAAUCCAAGACGUUGAGUUUGACCGAUCAAUACUACAAUUUCAUGAACAACAAAGAAUUUUUUAUAGAUGCCGUUCGAACCAAAGAUCCGAGACUCAAAUUUGUGAGAAAGCAAGGACCGAACCUCAAGAGUAUUAUUUGGACUACCUUUUCGGUCAUUUAUUUCGAAGGCGAAAUUACGAAUUUUGUCAAAUGCGAUCGAUGUGAUCACGUGUACAAAUACGACAGACGAACAACAGGCACCUCUACCCUCAACAGACAUCCGUGUAUCAGAUACACGGUGUUGGGCGUCUCCCAAUCGAGCGAUUUCAAUUCUCGCUACAAUAUACCCAAUAACAAUUCCCCGCUCAAUCAAAGCUUAUCAUCCAAUGGCAACGAAACGGAUUCUCCGCAAUACAAUAACGCUCCUUCCACUUCUCUAAAUAAUAAUGGGGUCGGUGGGGAAAGACUAAAAAUCGAGGAAAAAUAUGAAGACAAUUCUAUAAAAUUGAGGGAUAACAUGCUUUACAACGCGGCUCAAGAGAACGACCUGCCCACUAUGGUUCCUUUUAAUUCCAAUAGUAAUCUCUAUUAUUCCAAAAACGCUAGUCUCAAUGCCACAGAAUCGCAGCUAAAUCAUACUUUCUCCAAUAAUUCUUCGUUUCCUCCUUCCAACAACCAUUCCUCGCAGCUAAGGACAGAUUAUUAUAAUUAUAAAUCAUAUAACAAAUAUGCAAACCCUAAAAACGAGAUUCCUCACGGGGCAACAGCAGACGAUACCAAACAUCACGUGGUUACUCAAUCGGCUCUGAACGCCUUGCUAAAACAAAACGAGUUCAAGUACAGCGUGGUGGAUAAAUAUAAUUACAACAGUCUUAAUUACCAACAACAAUUGCAAAGAGAUAGGGAUAAUAAAGAUCUGGUGAGGAAUAAUUCCUCCACCAUAAAUCACUUCCCACCUGGAUCCGGAAGUCUGUCCUCAAUAUUGGAGAAAAAUUAUACUCCUAUAUACAGAUAUUCUCAGCAUUCCAUUUAUCCUCCAGCUCCUAAUUACAGUUAUUCGCAAUCAAAUAAUUCGUAUUCUGCCGCUAUCAAAUCUUAUUCAUCGCAAAGUCCUACCGAGAAGGUUGGCGUUAUGCUGACGACUCAAUAUCUCAACGACAAAUCUGGUAACCACGAGGAGGCGUCCCCGCAAAAUGUCGAUACCAAAAUCGUUAGAACGGAGGAAGAAAACUCGACCCUAUUCUGGGGGAAAAUAGCGAACCUGGGUUUGAUGGAUGAGUUCGUGAACGAAAUAAAAUGCGCUCUCGAUGACCUGAAACAUUCCGUUCUCAGGGAACUCAUGUGCUUGAGUAACUCCGCCACCCUUCAAGCCUUUCGAGCCCAAAAAAACGGGAGUUUCGUUCAAAAUGCCAAAAAGUUCUCAAACAUCGUAAACGAACUGAAUCUGAUGAACAAGCUCAAAAUAAAAUUGUCGCAGCAUCAGCACGAAAUACAGAACGAAAAGGACAAGAUAGGCCGAGAAAUGAAUGAUCUGAAGAGAAAGUUAGAGAUACAAGAGAGACAGCACAGAGAACUUUACAAAAGGUUCAAAUGUUUUGAUGAACUGAUAGAACUAGAUAUAGCACCCUCCAUACCUACGCCCCCUAUACCCUCUAAUAUUUCGUCAAGCAACAAAAACUUGCAUAACCUCGAAUUAAAUAUAGCCAAACUAGAACCUCGAACUAGUAGUGUAAACGUGCAGAACAAUUCGAUAUGCCCCGAAAGACAAGUUCCUCUCAAUCAUUCUCCCAGCACACCAUCUAACGGCAGCAGCAAUACCAUGAGCAAGAGGUCCAGUUAUAAGCUUAGGAUCAAGCCCGUCUCACAGUUUGAGAGUCUGAACCAACGAAGUAACACGGAUUUCGAUUCGGAAAACGAAAAUGCGGGAGAAGAAAAUGAGGACGAAAAAAAGGGAGACAGGGAAAGGAACGAAGAUGGCGCCUACGAUUAUGAAAGGGAUGAGGAAGAAGAAGAAAUUGUCAAUGAUAUGGGAAUACCUGAAAAUGGUGGUGGGAAGGAGCUUCGCAUUUUCGAAGAUCACAAAGAGAACGAUGCAAAUAGCCAAAAUAUCGACGAUGAACAACGAUUGGAAGAAGAUUCGGAUAGGUUUCGCCGAAAUAGGUCGAAUUCUGACCACAAUUUUGUUGAAGAACAUCCGCCGAUAAGUCGUUCUCCGACUUCCGAUACUGACGCCAGACCCGAUAACCAAAACACGCCUACAAAUGAAAACCACGAUAUCAACGAAAAUAAUAGCAAUGGCGGUGCAUUUAGCCUUAUAGAGCCUAUAAAUAUUAAAGCCGAAUUUGACGCCUUCAUCAAAGAAAUGUGAUAAUAAAUUCAAUACAUCGUUGUAAAUAUAAUGAAUAUACGUUUCAAUAAGUCUCAACUUAAAUAUAUUGACACAUAUGGUCAUCAUUGAAAUUUAGAAUUUUUUUCCCCCACGAUAAAAAUAGGAAAGAAAUGAAUCUUAAUAUUUUUUUAUAAAAUACAUAAUAUUUAUAGACUUUUUUGUUCAAACCUGAGUUAAAAACUUGGAAAUAUUGUAUUUAUAAAUAAUGCUCAUCAUCAUAUCCUAUAAUAUUAUGUCAAUGAAUAUCCAUAAUUUUUACAACCUUAUUGAAAUUAUUUUAUAAACAUAUCACAAUUUUUUUUAUAGUCAUUUUAAAAAAAAAUUAUUAUGAUAUAUUCAAUAUAAUCGUUUGAUGCUAUAUAGAUAAGAUAUUGAUUAUAAUAAUUAUUUGCCCAGC